UCCCCAUACAUUUCCCAAUAUGUUAAUCCUAGUCUUUUUGGCAUUUCUAUCACUUACGUAAACAAUUCAUUUUGGUUUACAUUUUUCAAUGUAGUUGUUGUGUCAAGCUGGAAACAGCUGUCAAGAACCAAUAAUCUAUAGUCUGCAAUAUAUUAUUCUUAUUAUAAGCUUUUGUUACUGCGGAACUUACAUCAUCAAACACAGACACGAACCCACAUUGUAGUGAGAGAGAAAUGGAGCUCCAACAUUUUAGCCAUGAACAUCCGUUGAUCCUCGGUGAAGUGAACGACGAUGGUGAGGCAAUUGUCUGCAACGUGUGUUGGGAAAACAUCUCUGGUUCUGCAUUCAGUUGCAAAAAUUGUUUAUUUUUUUUACACAAAUUUUGUGCUGAAUUUCCAGAGGAGAUGAAACACCCGAUCCACGCCCAUUCCCUUACGCUCCAAGAUUCAGGGUCUUCUAGAUGUUGUGAUGUUUGUAACGACGAUAUACGCGGAUUCACCUAUCAAUGUUCUCCCUGCGGUUUUGACGUGGAUAUCAGAUGUAGUGUUAGAGGCCAACAUUUUAGCAGUAAACAUCAGUUGAUGAUCCUCAAUGAAGAUGAGAAGAAUGAUGUUGAUGAGAGGCUUUCUUGCGAUGUGUGUUUGCAGCAGAUCACAGGUUCAACAGCAGCGUACAAAUGCACAAAUUGCUCUCCCUCUAUCUAUUUCCACAAAUUGUGUGCACAACUACCCGCAGAGAUGGAACACCCAAUGCACCCUGAGCACCCGCUUGCCCUCGUCCAAGUAGUGGCUGAUGAAUUCGUAUGUGACGGCUGUGAUAUAGAUUUGAAAGAAUUCAUGUAUCGUUGUUCCACCUGCGAUUUCAACCUCGACAGACGCUGUGCUUUGAGAGCACGAAAGGUUAACCAUGAAAGUCACAACCACCCAUUAAGACUCGUGCCCAGCUCGGCCUCCUUCGAAUGUCAUGCUUGUGGCACAAAGCGUGAAGGCAUGUCUUAUAUGUGUGACACGUGCAGUUUCUGGAUCGAUAACGACUGUGCUUCAUUAACACCCACCUUCAAACACCACACUCACAUUCACCCUCUCACCCUCAUCUUUCCUACUCAUAAAUAUCACUUCCGUUUUAGUAAUUACUGGUGCAAAAUUUGUGAAAAUUUAAUAGGGGAAGGAAGGUUUUGGUUAUAUGUUUGUAUAGGAUGCCACUAUUGCAUUCAUGUCAAGUGCUCAACAAAGACAAAGGAAAGAGAAAGUGCAAUCGAGGUUGAGAAUAUUGACGAGGCCAAUUUGAUUCACUUGCCAAUGGCUGAUGACUCAAUUAGUGCAAUUGACCUAUUUUUGAAGCAAAUCCGCAUGGGAGACAACAAGAGAGAAGUAGAGCUCAACCAUUUUAGUCAUCAUCAUCCAUUAAUCCUUUUCGAUGCGCAAGGAGACAACAAUUUGUGUUAUGAGAACCAACUACUUAUCUUGAAUGAGCUGAAUAAGGACAAAAUAUGCAAUGCGUGUGUGCGAAAAAUUUCGGCUCCAUUUUAUACUUGUGGUCUAUGUGAUUUUUUUCUCCACAAAUGGUGUGCCGAGCUACCAAAUGAACUCGAGCAUCCAUGUCACCCACACCAGCUCAUCCUCCUCAAAAAGCCCCCUGAACCUAGAGGAUUGUUCUUUUGCACUGGCUGCGGAUGUUAUUGCAAUGGAUUUGCCAUAACAUGUAUCGAGGAUAUAUGUUCGAAUUAUUUUGAAAAUUACAAACUCGAUGUCAAGUGUGCUUUCCUACCCAAAGCCAUCAUUCAUAAAGUUCAUGAGCAUCCCCUCUACCUAAAGAAAGAUUGUAUCACCGCAGGUUGUGCUGCAUGUCCUCGAAUGAUUUCGAUGUUCGCAUUUGGAUGUGACAUUUGCAAUUUCAACUUACACUACACAUGUGCUGUGCUACCAGAUACAAUUAAGCAUAGGUAUGAUGAACAUCAUCCCUUCACCCUAAUUUACGCACCCAUUAAGGAUGGACCCGAUGAGUAUAUCUGUGAAUUUUGCGAGGAAGAAAUAGACCCCAACUGGUGGUUCUAUCACUGCAUCGAUUGUGAUCAGUCUGCUUGUGCCAAAUGCAUUUGUACGGAGAGAAAGGAAGUUCAAAAUAUCAAGUGGGGAAGCACUUAUAACUUUGACAGUCACCCACACUGUCUCAUCUAUGUUCCAAUGACAAACAAGAGCUUUAACUGUGCCUACUGUCACAGGCAUAUCAAUUCCCUGUCUCUUGUAGAACAAGACAUUGCGAGUAAAAUAGGCUUCAAAUGUGAGCAGUGUAACAUUAUGCUCCAUGCACAUUGUCCUCAUCCAUAACAUCUUAAGCGUGUUUGUUUUAAGAAUUUGAUGAGAAAAUGAAAAUGAAAAUGAAAAGAAAAUGUAAUCUUAUUUUUUGUUUGAUUAUAAUGGAAAGUAUAAGAGAAAAGAAAGUGAGAGGGAAAUGUAAUCUCACUUUUUGUAUUUUGAGUGCACUUGGCUUUUUUCUUUUUUCAUUUGUCAACUUAACCAAAUAUAGUUUAAAAUUUAAAUCUUAUCAAUUAUUUCUUUUUUUUUUUUUUU